AUGAACGGACGAAGAGAGUCAGGAAUAGGCUCAAGUAAUGCCGGAUUGUGAACGGCAAACUCCCUCCUAGGUUCCAGGUCCCGGAAAAUUUCAGCGUGGAAACAAGCCACGAACAAGCAGUUUGCCAUGCACGGUGCUCCAUACAUUGACUUUCUAGAACAGGAAGAAAUCGACAAUUCUCCAGAUGCUGUACGGAGACGGAGUACAUCCAGCCAAGAGUAUUUUCAGCUUGGAACUUGGAGGCGACGAGGCGUGGUGUUGAGUGUUGCACUCGAACGCUUAAUUUCCCCGGAACCAAAACAUCAACACACGCAUCGUCGUCGUCAGUUCAACAAUGAAACGCUUCUCGCGCGAGCCUCUGAACACCGUGUCCGAGGCUCAGACUUCGGACUCACGUAA